GACUGGCUUGCCCGCUUCGGGCCGUUGAAUCUCGGCGAUUGCGACCGAUUUUCCGAUCGCGUACUCUGUUUGGGGGCUCGUUCUCUGCGACUCGUCACGAGAUAACGCUCAUCAGCUUCCCACUCUUACAAGAAAGGACUGGCGUUCCUUGAGCAGUCGUUCCUUUUAGCUUUGGCUUGUUGAUCAGUGGAUGUUUGCACGGUAGCUGUUCGACGAAAUGCUUAGAAAAAGAAAAUUAUAUAGGAGGAACCAAAGUCGUGUGAAGAUGGGUUCAGAAGCCUUGCAGGCAGCUAAGGUGUAUCGCCAUCUCCUCAAGGCUGUCAAAAAGCACAUAGGCAAGGAAGAAACAAAGAAACAUUUUGUAGAAUAUGUGACCGAAGAGUUUCGGAAGAAUUGUGUUCUCUUGGACCCCUCAUCUAUCCAACAGAAAAUUAAGCUUGCAAAAGAUUAUACAUUCCUCCUCAACAGUGUGCACCAUCACAAGGACCUGCUGUUCUCCUAUAACAUUGCAGUGGAUAGAUCAGAAGAGAUGAAAAGAAUACUAGGAAAAUCAGCUUCCAGUGUAGGCCUUAGGCUUCCUGAGGUUUAUCAGGCCUAACGGUGGUGACCUCUGCUCGAUCCUCAACUGUCCCAUUCACCUCUCAUGGAGUCGUUCCGAUGUACUCCGGAGCUGUUCCCAUGCGUUUCUGCUUAACUUUGGCGGAUCAGUUAUCAUUCAGUUUGUUUAGUCACAUGGGGUGGUACCAUUUUUGUUGUCCUGUGAUAUCUGCUAGUUCUGGUGGAUUUCUGAUCCGUAUAUACACAAUCGAAAUAUAUUUGUUCGAUCCGACUUUUGAGCCAGCCAUUGGACAGUAAGGCUGAGAGCUUCGGUGCAA